AUGGAUUGGAUUCUUCACGAUGUUAUCCCAACUCAAACAGUCUCGUUAUUCGCGUUGUUACGACGCGAAGACGCUGUCGGUUGCCCAUGGCUUAUCAUCCUUAGCGAUGGAAGUGAUCUGGCGUACGGGUAUGCUGCAUGUAUCAGAUGGUCCUUGCUAAACGGAGAAUAUUGGUGUCGAUUGAUCAUGGCGAAAUGCAGAAUUGCUCCACUCAAUAAACUGUCCACGCCGCAAAUGGAGUUGAAUGCUGCAGUGUUGUCGAAACGAGGGAGGAAAGUGAUUGAGUUGGAGAUGCGAUUUGAUUUCGAAAGGGUCUUGCAAUUGGUCGAUUCCGAUACAGUUCUGAGCAUGAUCAAUAAAACCAGCACUCGCUUCAAGGUUUUACGAAGGAGUUAGAACUGGCGAAAUCGAAGCUGCUACCAACGGUGAUCUUUCCUGCUGGGCUUGGAUGUCUGGUGAGAAUAAUACGGCAGAUUGGCUUAAGCGUGUACGUAAUCCGGAUGAAUUGGUUGAAGAUUCGGAAUGGUGGAAUGGACCUCCUAUCCUGUAUCAACCCAUCGAGUCGUGGGGUUUAAAGUUUGGACUCCAAAAGAACGAAGCUUUUCCCGGAGAAAAGAAGAUCCGUUACACUGCGACAGCUGCUUCCGAGAUCCCGGAUAUCGAUUACAAGAGGUCAAGUGACGUAGACAGGAUCAUAUGGAUGGUAGCAAGAAUUCUCAGCAUGCCCAGACACAAGUCAUUCCAUGGAGGAAGCACCUUACACAUUACGUCUCAACUGCUCAAAGAAGCUGAAGAUCUGGUGGUGAAAGAUGUACAGAAAGAGCUAAAGGAUGAAAUUGAGAAAACGGAUCAGAAAGGACGAAAGGGCGGUCGUUACGCGUCUUUGAAUCCCGGCAAGGAUGAGCAUGGUUACUACAUGGUCGGCCAACGUCUGAAGAAUAACAAUCCCAUGACCCCUGAUGCGUCGUUGCAAAAGUUGCUACCAACCCACCACCCGGUAACGCAAUUGUUCAUGGAAUGUGCUCAUAAGCAAUGCGUGCAUAGAGGACGGGAUUCCACUUUGGCUCGUUUUAGACAGAAGUAUUGGAUCGCACAAGGGAGCAAUAUCGCGCAGACCGUCAAAAGCAAGUGUCAGUUGGCCAAGUUUCCUGAUGCAAUAUUGGGAGAACAAGAAAUGGGACGGUUGCCAGAAGCACGGCUCAAACCAGCACCCCCGUUCACCUACACCAUGGUAGAUUUAUUCGGUCCAUAUGUUGUUCGCGGUGAAGUCCAGAAACGUACCAGUGGAAAAGCGUAUGGGGUCAUUUUUACCGAUUUGGUGUCCCGAGCGGUUCAUAUUGAAGCAGUUUACGGUUAUGACACAAGCUCCUUUCUCCUGGCGCUCAGCCGAUUUGCAAGUAUUCGCGGAUGGCCUGAAUUCAUCUACAGUGAUCCUGGUUCACAGUUAAUCGGAGCAGAAAGAGAGCUUAAAGAAGCCUGGGAUAAGAUCGAUCGAAGCGAGUUACACAAGUUGACAAGAGUGGUCUGCAAAAUGGUCUAACGUGGAAAUUUGGAUCAGCAGAUAGUCCUUGGUAUCAAGGAGCAGUGGAGUCUCUUGUGAAGGCAGCCAAGAGAGCAAUUGUCUUUGCGGUUGGCAAGCGACGUCUUCCGGUGCCCGAGUUCCUGACGGUGUGCUCUGAAGCUACGAAUCUACUCAACGAGAGGCCAAUUGGAACAUUGCCUACCCUCGAUUCUGAUCUAAACGUGUUUACUCCGAAUAGUCUCCUGUUAGGACGCUCGACAGCCAAGAAUCCUGGAGGAUGGCAACCUUUCACGUGCAGCCAGAGUCCGAAGACGAGAUACAGCCUGUUACAAACAGCCGUAGAAGAUUUCUGGGAAAAGUGGAUACAACUAUACGCAACCUCUCUAGUUGUACGUCGCAAAUGGCAUGUUAACACAAGAAAUUUACGUCCCGGUGACGUCGUUAUGAUCGCGGACAAGAAUGUGAUGCGGGGAGAAUACCGUCUCGGAGUUGUUAAAGAAGUCUUUCCUGAUCAGGAUGGAAAAGUCCGUCGAGUUCUGGUAACGUACAAGAACUUUCGUGUUGGAAACCAUCGGCAAGAGUAUGGAAUCAGUGAAGCUAUUACUAUUUCUCGAAGCGUUCAGCGUUUGGCACUACUCGUACCCGUGCAAACAGAGGAUGGAGACAAGGAAGAUGUUUGA